AGAGAGAGAGAGAGAGAGAGAGAGAGAGGAUGUGCAUUGCGUGCAGAGCAUAGUUUUUCAUGGAAAUCUGUAUCUGUGGCGUUUAAUCCUUCGCUGCUGCAGCAGCAUUGCAAUACCGAAACAUAAGAAACAAUCUGAUUUUGUAAACCCACGUCGCUGUGGCGUGUUUAAAAAGAGAAAGUGAGAAAAACAGAAGAAAAUACCUUUUUUUUUUCUUGUGGGAGUUUUGUUAGCGUAUUUGAUUGAUUUAUAUAGCUCUUGAUGUAUGUAUUAGUUUAUUUUCUUUCAUUUUUUUUCUUUUUAAAAUUGAAUUUGCACAAUGUGCACCCAGUGGAGUCCACUUGAUCUCGUCUCUUUGGAAUGGUGGGGAACACGCACCCGAGGAAUGGGAAGUAUCUAAAGGCAGAUGGAGUUUGGGGAUUAUUGCAAAAUAAGGGAAAGAUGACCGUUUUUUCUCUGUGUUUCCUCCUGUGCGCUGAUGUCUUGGACUUAGCUUUAGGUUAUCUAACAGUCACCAUUGAACCCCUUCCUCCUGUUGUAGUAGGAGACACCGUAACGCUGAAAUGUAACUUCAAGACCGAUGGGAGGCUGCGAGAGAUAGUCUGGUAUCGGGUUACAGAUGGGGGCACAAUCAAACAGAAGAUCUUCACUUAUGACGCCAUGUUCAACACCAAUUACUCUCACAUGGAGGACUAUCGAAGGCGUGAAGACCUUGUGUACCAAUCAACAGUGCGGCUGCCAGAGGUCCGGAUCUCAGAUAAUGGGCCGUACGAAUGCCACGUUGGAAUUUACGACCGCGCCACGAGGGAAAAAGUGGUGCUGGCUUCUGGGAACAUAUUCCUCACCGUUAUGUCCCCGCCUCUCUCGAUCUCAGUGGUGGCAGCAGAUACGCCGGCACCUUUUAGUCGAUACCAGGCCCAGAACUUCACCCUCAUCUGUAUCGUUUCUGGGGGGAAACCUGCACCAACGGUGUACUUCAAGCGGGACGGAGAGCUGAUUGAGGUGAUCCCCUGGGCACAGCCCUCCUCAGGGGGGAAACAGGCAGCUGCUAUGAGGGUCCCCCAGGGGCCGCAGCCCCUGAUCAGCCGCGAGCUCGAUGACACCAAGCUGCAGAAGUCUCUGUCCCUGCUGGACUUUGACGAGAAGCCGGCCAGGUUGUUCACCGAGGACCCCAUGAGAGGCUACACCCCCCGGGCCCCGCGCUACGAGCCCAGCCCAGCCACGGAGAUCAUCCCUGAGACGGUGGUGAGCCGGGAGUUCCCUCGCUGGGUGCAGAGCACUGAUCCGCUCUACUACUUCCAUCACACCCACAUUCCGCUGAGCGACGGCACAAUAGAGGUGCACGCCAUAAUUACCUGGACCCUCAAUCCCCAGCUGGACAAUGAUGCGCUCUUCAGCUGCGAGGUCAAGCACCCUGCUCUCUCUAUGCCAAUGCAGGCCGAAGUUACUCUGGAGGCCCCUAAGGGCCCCAAGCUGAUAAUGACUCCGACCCGAGCAAAGGUUGGGGACACAGUGCGCAUUGUCGUUCAAGGAUUCCAGAACAAGGUCUUCCCCGAGCCCCUCUUCACCUGGACGCGGGUCGGAGGUCGUCUGUUGGACGGCAGUGCAGAGCAUGAUGGGAAGGAGCUGAUUUUGGAGCGAGUGCCACCAGAACUGAACGGCUCCAUGUACCGAUGCACGGCCCAGAAUCCUCUAGGCUCCACAGACACCCACACCCGGCUCAUUGUCUUCGAAAACCCAAGCAUGAUGAAGGGCACAAAGAAUCAAAACAAUGCUGCAUCCUUUAUGGAAACUCUUGGACUGAUGCCAGCUGUGCUGAUCCUUACAGUAACUCUGGAGUUUACGUGAGGUGUUCAGACUCCCACAGCACUCCCAGCCUGUCCGUCCAGCUCCAGCAUCAUCCACCAUGAGAGAUCCUGACACUUCUCUCUUUUUGUAAAAAAAAAAAGCAAAAAAAACCCACACAGUCAAAUCCCUUGUCUUUUUCUUGUCUCACCUCUCUCUGCCUGUCUUUCAAUAAACAUUAGUUCUGUUUAAAAAA